GCCAUUUCUUCAAUUUUUGUUCCUUUCUUGGAACCCUUUAACCUUAAUUUCGCCGUCAUCAUCCCAAAUGUCACCCUGAAAUUAUCAUAAAAUUUUGAUCACAACACAAAUUACAAACAGGUUGAUACAGUUGAAUUCCUGAUUUGAGUGGACAGCAACAGGAAUUUUUGAAGGGAAGUUUGUCAAUCUGAGAAAAUAAAGGAUAACUGUACAUCGAUUUAGUCUGGCUUAUUGGUGUAGUUUGGGCCAAUUAGAGGAGUUUCUGGAUGCAUAUGCUAAGCAUUUGUGGGUAGCUGGGAGAGGGAGCAAGUUGCAGAAUCUUCCGGAUUUAGUUUGUGCAUACUUGAGGUUUAGAAAGAGUUGAUUCCCAAGAUUUUGUGAAGAUCUUGACGGGGGGUUUUUGUGUUUGUAUAGGUUUUAAGGAUCUUGGGUUGCUUCUGGAAUCAUGAGGGGUGAAACUCCUGUUACUUCGGGCCAGCUGUUCAAUGUUCAGCCAAUUAAUGUUGUUCCAAGUGAUGAAAACUGUAGACAUAAUAGUGGACUUAAUGUUUCUUUGCAGACGGGUGAGGAAUUUUCUGAAGAAUUCCUUAGGGAACGUCUUACACCUAGAAGACCAGUAAUAAUUGAUUCAUUUCAGCAACAGCAGAAUAGAACGGGCAUAAAUAUUGCUCAGAGUCGCCCUCUUGUGUAUGAGGAUCUUACUGGCCUUCUUGGCCUACAGAGAAAAGACUCUGAAAGUGGUACAGAGCUAUCUGAGUUUUCUCCUCAGGGAGGAGGAUAUGCAUUAGAUGCUGAGAACCGGGAAAGCUUUGGUGGUGCAAACAGAUAUCGUAUGGAGUAUACUACCACCAAUGGACAGCAACAAGGAAGAUUCUCUGAUGGAAGUAAUAUCGAUAGAACUCUUUCUGGUCUAUCUAUAUAUCCUUCAGAUUCCCCAAAUGCAUACCAGCCUCACAACUCUGGCUUGGGAUACACAGAUGGUUCUUUUCCUGGAAAGAUGAAGUUUCUCUGCAGCUUUGGAGGAAGAAUUUUGCCAAGGCCAAAAGAUGGGAAGCUUAGAUAUGUCGGCGGGGAGACGAGAAUUAUGUCAAUUAGGAAAAAUUUAACUUACAGCGAACUUGUCAGGAAGACAGCUGCAAUCUGUAAUCAACCUCACACAAUAAAAUAUCAGCUCCCAGGAGAGGACCUUGAUGCACUUAUAUCUGUCUCUUCUGAUGAAGAUCUCCAUCAUAUGAUAGAGGAAUAUCAUGAUUUGGAAAGAACUUCUCAGAGGUUGCGGAUAUUCCUUAUUUCUUCGAAUGAUCCUGAAAGCCCAUGUUCUUUUGAAGCAAGGACUGGACCACAGGGUGAUGCUGACUACCAAUAUGUUGUUGCAGUUAAUGGCAUGCUGGACCCAAGUCCUCGGAGGAGCUCUAGCAGGGAGAGUCUAGGAAGCCAGAUGGGGAAUGCCUUGGAUAGUAGUCCUGUUCAAAGAGACUCUCCGAUUUCCUUUCAUCCUUUGGAGGUACCAGAUGGGGGCAGUUCCUUGAAUAGAAUGAGUAAUCCAAGCUCCAAAGUUCAGGUUUUUAAUACCCCACAGUACCCUUCUAAGUCAAUUCUUUCUUCUUCUGUGUCUCCGGUGCCUGUUCAAAUCAAUGAUCCUAGGAGUUGCUACACAAAGUUGUAUGAGGAUAUGACACGGUCUAAUGCUUAUGAAUUUAACAGUCCAAAUGCUGCCGAGCAACCAUCAUAUGACAAGUAUCAAUAUUUCAACAACACAAGCUACUAUCAUCAUCAACCACCAGAAGCAGUCCAAUUGAGAAAUUACUUUCACCCUGUCAGCCACUGUAUGGACUCCAACCAGAUUCCUGAACUGGAUCCCCAUAUUCAUACCACUGGUAAGAGUGUUGUGGCUUCACCAUCUUGUGGUCAACUUCAAAUGGACAAAGAAAGGCAUAUGGUAAAUGAGAUUGCAAUGCAGUCUGAAAAUUUAUCUUUCCCUCAAGACACAGCUGGUGUGUUUCCUGGUAUUGGUACUUCAUUUAAAACUCACAACAGAAUGGUUCAUGCAGUAUCUCAACCACAGUUGCGACAAAAAGAGGAAGUUAAAGUCACAGUUGAAGAAAGGAACCCAUUCCCAUCAAAUUAUGUAGUAGAAAAAUCACCUUCAUAUGGUGAUUCGUCACAAAAAUGGCUGGUUCAACAACUGGAGAGCUCAGAGAAAUACCAAAAUGCUAGGGAUGAGAAUCUGUCAACACCAGAUUUGAACAAGGAAUUCAUGUGGACAGAGAAUGAAGGCACAACUUUUAACCAAGAUAGGACACAUAAUAUGUUUACUGAUAGAAAUACAUCUAAUUCUACUCUGGUAGAAGAUAACAUUAAUCUUCAUGAAAUUGUAAGACCUGUUGAUCAAAUGCUCAUUGACUGUCCCUUGCCAGUAGAGCCGGAAGGCAACACAAGCAGAAACUCCACAUCGCAUUCAUUGACAUCUGAGAACUCACAACCACAAGGUCAUCAAUCAGGACCUAAUGAAUCUGAGUUUCUCAUCAGAAGCCAAAAAGAGAGUGAGACUAGGGCUAAAGCAUUUAGCAGGGAUGCCAUUAACAACUCUUGUGGACUAAAAUCAUCUACACAUCAGGGAAUGGACAGACCAGUGGAUGAAUCCUGCCUGCACUUGAACUUGAAUUAUCCUCUUAGUAAUGAUCUUUCAUUUCCUAAUCCAGCUGAUAGUGCUAAACAAGUUGGGUUGGAUACCGUCCACAAGGAAUCUGUGCAUGAUCCUGAAUUUGAAACGGUGAAAGGUCCUCAUAAGAGUGUGAAAAAGGAGAGUCUGAAGGAAGAUUCUUCAGAGACAUCCUGUUUUCCAGAUCAGAUGUCUGUCUCUCAUCCUUCAACUGAUCAGCAUGAUGGUAUUCGACCAGAAUCAACUGUUGUUGUAGAGGAUGUAACUGAUAGCAUUCCGCCAGAUAUUCCGUCCUCCCUGGUGGUUAUCCCACUAGUGCAAGAUGAGCCAAGUGAUGGGACAGAGACUGAAUCUGUUGCCAUAGAGUCUGACCACGAGGAAGGGAAUGUUGAUCAUGAUGGUAAUAUUGACCCCCUUGGUGAUGCUGCUUUGAUUGAAAUUGAAGCUGGAAUCUAUGGCUUACAGAUAAUAAAAUAUGCUGAUCUUGAAGAACUGCAAGAGUUAGGAUCUGGUACAUUUGGAACUGUUUACCAUGGAAAGUGGAGGGGAACAGAUGUUGCUAUCAAGAGAAUUAAAAAGAGCUGUUUUGCUGGGAGAAAUUCAGAGCAAGAGCGAUUGACUAAAGAGUUUUGGAAAGAGGCUCAGAUCCUCUCUAAGCUACACCAUCCCAAUAUUGUGGCAUUCUAUGGGGUCGUUCCUGAUGGACCUGGGGGAACAUUGGCAACUGUAACUGAAUAUAUGGUUGAUGGGUCGUUAAAACAUGCACUCUUAAGGAAGGGAGCACUUGAUCGGCGUAAAAAGCUUAUGAUUGCACUUGAUACUGCUUUUGGCAUGGAGUAUCUGCAUUUGAAGAAUAUAGUUCAUUUUGAUUUAAAAUGUGACAACUUGCUAGUUAACUUGGGAGAUCCUCAAAGGCCAGUGUGCAAGGUUGGUGAUUUUGGACUGUCAAGAAUUAAGCGAAAUACACUUGUUUCGGGUGGUGUGCGAGGAACACUUCCCUGGAUGGCUCCAGAGCUAUUGCAUGGAAGUAGUAAUCGAGUUUCUGAAAAAGUCGAUGUAUUCUCAUUUGGCAUCACAAUGUGGGAGAUCCAAACAGGAGAGGAGCCCUAUGCCAACUUGCACUGUGGCGCCAUCAUAGGUGGGAUUGUAAAUAACACUCUCAGGCCUAGCAUCCCUGAACGUUGUGAUCCUGAGUGGAGAAAGUUGAUGGAAGAAUGCUGGUCACCAGAUCCAGCUGCAAGGCCAUCAUUCACACAAAUAACAAACAGGCUGCGUAUCAUGUCAAAGGCACUGCAGCCAACGAGACAGAUUCGAGCUAGAAGAUAAAACUUAAAUCUUAUGUAAGUCAAAAAGACAGAUUUUGUAAGAAGAACAAAAUAUACAUACAAACACACAGAGAGAGAGAGAGUAGAGAACCCCAUUCUAGCCUGCUGUAGUCUUUUGUACAGUACGGAAAUUUAGUUAAUGGAGAAACCGACUAAAAUUAAAAUUCAUGUUCUCAACUGUGCAUUCAUGUGUUUACUUUCUAACAUUUGUGUUGCUAAUUCAGUGUGAGAAUAAUAUAUUUUGA